GCCAAUUGUCUGCCAAAUCAAAAUGCAUCGGCAAGCGUUCCGCUCAGUCUGCUUGAGGGCAAGAAAAAACGAUUCACUAAACGUCAACACCACGAUAAACUCCAUCCGAGCGUUUGCUACGUCCCAAUCGCUACUCGAAGGCAAGGCACCGAGCCCCCGUCCGUCAAACUCGACACCAUCUAGCGCACGACAGCGCGGCCAAGCGGCGGCUUCCGAAGUCCAAUCCGUCGUUAAAAACAGCUCAAAGUCUCCCAAAGCAUCUGGGCGUCCCGAUGGCGCUUAUUUCCAGAAGACUGCUGCGUCAGGCGACGCGGCGCCCAAGAUCUUGAGCGUCCGCAGCUUGCCCAGGGGCGGGCUCACCCGAGGACGCGGUGGUCUUCGGGGACGUGGUGGAUUCCAAGGACAAUCCGGCCGACCUGCUUCCCCGACAGGCACCAACAGAUUCGCAGGUGCGACGAGAGGGCGUGGCGGCGCCUUGAACAGAGGCAAGCCCCGUGGCGGCAUGCGCACUCGCAAGCCAGGAGACAGAAAGUUUGGUGAGAAGGAGCAGAGAGGAGACGGCUUCUUCGGAGAGGUGCUGGAUGAGGAGCUUGCUGCCCUGGACCAUGUUAACCGUUUCGGCGCCGUAGCUGAAUUCCAGCCCAAGAUUGACCAGUCGCUCAUCGACUUGGUCCCUGUAGGCCCGUCUACACCGGCUUCUCGCCGCGCGGCCGUUCUGAAAGUUUUGGACACGAUUGGAUCGACCGAUAGCACAUCCUUGACCUCCAACAUCCAGGUCUCGGGCUACAUUGCCGAGCUUGAGAAGUAUGGUCUUCAGUACUUUGCUGAUCCCGCCGACAAGGAGGCCGUCAAGCAGCGUCUGGAAGAGCUGGCUGAGGCAGUUGGAGAGGGUGAUGCCCCUGCCAACCCGGUGAAGCUCGCUGAGGUACAGGAGUCUUUGAAGCAGCUCAUCUUGGACCAGGCUGUCAUGGGCAAGCACGAGGCUCCUCAGUACGCUGAGGACACAGCGGGCACCAUCAAGUCGCAGUUCCUGCGCUCCAGCUCUUACCGCCAGCGCGAGAUUACACAAUUCGAAGCCAAGCUCAACUCUAUCCUCGGCAAUAUUAAGGCUGCGCCUAAGAAGGCCGAACAAGCUGCUGCUGCACCUGCAAAGAAGGGCAAAGCAGCCAAAGCCAAAUCAACAUAA